AUGGAAGAAGACACAAUAGUCCUCUACGCAGCCCCAGGAAUGGGGCACAUAAUCUCCAUGGUUGAGCUAGGCAAGCUCAUUCUCAAUCGCUACACCGAAAAAUUCUCCAUCACUAUUCUCUACACCUGCGGCAGCGUUGUGGAUACUCCAAGCAUCCCCGCCUACAUCCACCGCAUCUCCCUAGCCCAUCCUUCCAUCUCCUUCCGCCAAUUCCCUCGAGUUCAAAAUGAAAAUCCAUUAUUAAUUGGCCGCAGCAGCGCUGCCAUAAUGUUUGAUUUCAUCCGCCGGAAUGAUCCUCAUAUCCGCCAUGCCCUCCAAGAGAUCUCCAAAUCUUCAGCCAUUCGCGCUUUUAUCAUCGACAUCUUCUGCUCCUCUGCGCUGCCAAUGGCGAAGGAACUCGGCAUUCCCACCUACUACUUUUACACCUCUGGCGCUGCAACUCUUGCGGCUUUUCUGUAUUUUCCCAAAAUCAUGGAACAAACCACCAAGAGCUUCAAGGAUCUAACCGACACUGUUUUCGAGUUUCCCGGGUUGACGUCUCCUCUCAAGGCCCCCCACAUGCCUGAGCCAAUGCUUGAUCGAGACGACCCUGCAUAUUGGGACAUGCUCUACUUUUGCUCACACCUUCCCAAAUCUAAUGGGAUCAUAGCCAACACGUUCGAAGAGCUGGAGCCUCCUGCAGUCCUCAAAGCCAUUGCUGGAGGUCUUUGUGUUCCUGAUGCUCCCACUCCUCCAGUCUUCUACAUUGGGCCAUUGAUUGCUGAAGAAAAACAAUCUAGUGAUGCCGUUGAGGCGGAAGUUUGUUUGUCAUGGCUUGAUAAACAACCAAGUCGAAGUGUGGUGUUUCUCUGUUUUGGAAGCUGGGGAUCAUUCUCAGGGGCUCAAUUGAAGGAGAUGGCAGAUGGGUUGGAGAAGAGUGGGCAGAGGUUUUUGUGGGUGGUGAAGAAUCCUCCCCUUGAUGAGAAAACCAAGCAGGUCCAUGGAGUUCAUGACUUUGAUUUGGAGGGUUUGUUGCCAGAAGGGUUCUUGGAGAGGACCAAAGAUAGGGGCUUGGUGGUGAAGUCAUGGGCUCCGCAGGUGGCGGUGUUGAAGAAGGAAUCGGUUGGCGGGUUUGUGACGCAUUGUGGCUGGAACUCGGUGCUUGAAGCUGUGAUCGCCGGCGUGUCGAUGGUGGCGUGGCCGCUCUAUGCAGAGCAGCACAUGAAUAGGAGUGUUUUGGUGAAGGAAAUGGAGAUGGCGAUUGCUGUUGAGCAGAGAGAGGAAGAUGGGUUUGUAUUUGGGGAUGAAUUGGAGAGAAGGGUUAGGGAGCUGAUGGAGUCGGAAAAAGGGAGAGAGCUUAGAGAAAGAAGCCGGAAAAUGAGAGAGAUGGCUUUGGCUGCUUGGUGUGAGUCUGGUUCAUCCACUAGAAACUUGGUCAACUUUGUUAAUAGCAUUAUAUAA